AUGUCUUGGGCCAAGUUGGUUCUCGUUUGCAGUUUCACAUAUGCACUUUGCCUGCAUCUGGCUACUCAAAACCGCUUUCUAGAGGCAACUGAAACAUCCAGAAUCUACAAGUUGCUUGCGCCGACGAGAAUUGUAUCUGAAAUUAAGACUAGUGCGGAUGACAGCACAGGCAGCACUCUAUUGAAAUAUAACCGCUCUGGUGCAGAAACAAAAAAAAGUGCGCAAUGUAAUAGCUUAACCUUCAGACCUAAUAUCUCUCUUCUGAAGAGAGAUCCUCUCUCCCGGGUCCAUAUUAUCCAGGCUACCUUUGGAGGUGUUAGUUAUCCAUUGGUGCUUGACACUGGAUCAGCCAUCUCAUGGGUAUACGGCGUGAAUAGUUCAUCAUCAGCUAAUCAUAAAGCUCGACAAGCAUUCGUGGCACAUUCCAACUCUUGCACGGUGACAGACUCGAUUUUUACAAUUUUUUAUCGCUCUGGAACCGCCCACGGCCCACUUUACACUGGUACUUUGUCAAUAAAUGGCCUAAAAAUACAAGAUUUUAGAUUUGGGGUAGCAAUUGGUGUUCCAUCUUUGCUUGAUGCUUACGCGCUGAGUGGAAUAUUCGGACUGCCUUCGGAUCCCACCGACUCAGAUACUAGCGUUGUCGGCUUGCUGCAAGGAUCUAAGCUAAUUAAUAAAAAGUCCUUUUCCGUAUUGCUGAGUCACAUUCCUUCUGAAAGUCGCAAUCUAGAUGAUAACAAUGGUUUAAUCGUGUUUGGUGAGCCCUUAGGAGCGCUUUAUGAGGGUGAACUAUCUUACACUCCAUUAGUUCCAAAUCCGCAAAACCAUUGGCUUGUCGCGAUAAAAGCAGCAUAUAUCGGCAGUGAAAGGGUAGAGUUACCAACUGCAAAGAAUCCGUCAAUUGACAAAAAUAUUGGCAUACGAUCCGGGAUCAUAGAUACUGGUUCAACGCUAGUUGUUCUUCCGCAGGAGGAUGCAUUGGCCUUGCACUCCUAUUUUGAUGAUUCAAUUAGUGACGGCAAGAACUUUGCCAUAUAUUGCAAUUCUAGUGAACCAAUUCACCUCGAACUUAGUAAGCACAACUGGACUAUUCUACCUUCAAAUUUCGUUGGUGAACCAUAUCCUAAGGACAGCCCAUAUAAUGGUUACUGCGUUUCGAAUAUCCAAGGAGGUGAUAUAAGUUCUUCAUGGAUACUUGGUGAGGUAUUCUUACAGGAUUUAUACACCGUUUUCGACAUUGAAGGGAGACAAGUGGGAUUUGCAAAUAGGAACACGAAAGCUACUUUAGUCCACAACGAGCCUCAGAACUAUUAUGAAAAGAAUAACUCAUCAUUACAAAUGGUGUCUACUAGCUCGGAUACAACGUCGUCAGCUGCGGCGACGAGCUUGCAUGUGUCAUCCACGUCAAAAAACAUUGCCUAUACCCCGCGGCCACAUCCUCUUCUUGAACAACUUUUGUCACUUAUUUACAUUUUAGUCCUGUGA